AUGCAGGUCUAUGCAGGCGGAGAUAAAUGGAUCAAGAAGCGAGACUGGGAUGAACUGUUCCGUUCUCCUACGGACGUGAGGUUUUGCUCCAUGGCUGCUUCUCUCUUUUGGACGACCAAAGAGCUGUCGGAGCACAGCGUCACCGGCACGGCUUCCAAGUUGCGCACGCCUGAAGGCACGUGGCCAGAAGCAAGGCCACCGCUCACGCCCGAGAAGCUUGACUCCUUGAAAGAUCUCUUUCGUAUCUAUGUUGGCAAGGAUCCACUCGCAGCGCGAAGACUCAGUGCCGUACGCCGACACCUAUCAAACAGGAUCUGCGAAACCCGCCGAUCCAUAGAAGGACGACCCAAGAGGGUAAAGAACUCUGGCAAAGCGUAAAGGCAUGCAAGUGCUGAUGUAAUCAGUUGCCUCGAAGUCUGUUCACAUCAUUCCAUGGAACCACUGCUUCUGGGUGUAAUCAAUGGCAUUUUUAAUGUACAGAAGCCAUGAUGGCCUUGCUGGAGAAACAUAUUGGAGAGUGCAUUACAGUAAAAGCUCGUUAAUUC